ACAUUUCGCAUGCUCAGAACUCCAAACAGGCUGCAGCAUCACGUAGCCUGCCGAUCCGAAUCAACGAAACACACGUUUUAUAAAACUGUCCUCAAACUCUAUAUAGUAUUUUUUAUAUCGAGAGAAAAGAAAAACCGAAAAAAAUGAACUGUUCGGAUUUUUUUUUAUCUGCAGAACGAAUGAAAGGGAGUACAAAUUGAAGAAAUUCUAGUGAUCGUCACGGGGAAGGGUCGCAACCCUCAUCCUUUCGACAACCUCCGGUAAUCAUUGACGAGCAAAUUUUAUCUCAGAAAGCAACAGUUUUGCAUACAUAUAUAUGUAACCUUGAAGGAGAAAAAACGUGUCCUUCUCACCUCGUGAUUUAAUUUGUGUCGGAAGGAGGGGAAAAUUAUGAGUUUUGAAUUUUUGCAAUUCAAGUGGUUUGAAUCAAGUUGCAAGAAGUGACUUGGCAAGUGAUAUUUAAUGGUGUCAAAAACGCAAAUAGUAAUGGAAUAAGUUUUUUUUUAGUGGUGAUAAGAGGCGAGCCCCUUAAGGGAUGAUGUACAGGUGUCGUCUGAAGGUGGGGUUGAGGAGUUUUUGUUAAGACUACGCCACUGGAUUUGAUAUCGCUCCGUCGGAAACUAUCGCUGAAUAAAGACUGAGUGAGUGAUAUGUUAACCGAAGACAAUGACCCGACCAAACCGGCAGGGAUUUUAGACAAUGCUGGCAACGUGUCUUCGUCGACAGAGGUCUCAAUACAGAACCCUCGUUCUGCAAACAAUGAAACGGAGGUUAAAAAUGAGGUCCAAGAGUGCCCAGAGAGCGAAAAUGUCCCCAGUGGUGAACUGUAUAUCGAUGAAAAUGCCGAAGAAAAGGACCAAGAAUUUCCUGACUCCAUGGAAAAGGCCGAUUAUGGCUCAUUGUAUGGUGCCAAUCAAUACUACAAUAGCAUAUACAAUUCGCCAUCGUAUGGAACGACGACAGUUUCAAAAAAUUCAUCGGCUUUGCCAAGUCCAUAUUUAAAUUCCUAUACAAAUCCAAGCUCGAUGGCUCAAUAUUCGGCCUACGGUUAUAAUAGUGGAACAACCACGUUUCCACCAAUGAGUCAAAAUAUAUCAUCUGCCUCACAGAAGCUCGAUUAUACAGCAUAUAGCAGUCCAAUUUAUGGAAACGACAGGGUAUCGUUGCAAUAUUCCGGAUAUUAUCCAAUGGCUGGAUAUCAUCCUGCACCCACUUCCUUUAACAUUGGCAACCUAAAUUUUGCAGAUUCAACUAAAUCGGCACUCACGUUGGAUGCGACCUCUCACGAUGCCAGCGACUUGACCGCACGGGAAACCACGAACGUUGAAGUGUCAGCGAAGCCAAUAAGGCGACCAGGAAGGCGGCAAAGUGGAAGUGGUUCGGUGGAAACUACGGAAGCCGGACCAAGUCGAAUAUUCAUUUGGGACCUGGACGAAACCAUAGUUGUAUUCCACACCCUUCUUACAGGCAUAUACGCUACCAAUCAUGGUAAGGACCCUAAUCUUCUUCUACAGGUGGCCUUCAGUAUGGAGGAAAUGAUCUUUAACCUCGCAGAUACUCACUUGUUCUUCAACGAUCUUGAGGAUUGUGAUCAAGCCCAUAUAGACGACGUUUCAACGGAUGAUAAUGGACAAGAUCUUGCAUCUUACAAUUUUGCAACCGAUGGUUUUCAAUGUUCCCAAGGAAAUAAUGGUCUUUGCGUUGGAUCAACUGUUCGAGGUGGAGUGGAUUGGAUGCGAAAAUUGGCGUUUCGUUAUAGAAAAAUCAAAGAAAUUUAUUGUAAUUAUAGAAACAAUGUUGGUGGUCUUCUAGGAUCUGAGAAACGCGAACAAUGGUUACAAGUGCGUUCUGACAUUGAAGCGCUAACUGACAAUUGGUUAACAAUGGCCAUUAAAUGUCUCACUCUCAUUAACAAAAGACAUCAGCAUGUUAAUAUUCUUGUCACUUCGACACAAUUGAUACCAGCACUCGCAAAAGUUUUACUCUUUGGAAUUGGAGGAAUUUUUCCCAUUGAAAAUAUCUACUGUGCAAGCAAAACCGGGAAGGAAUCAUGUUUUGGAAGAGUAAUAGCAAGAUUUGGUCGCAGAUGCACGUACGUUGUGAUUGGCGACAGUCCUGAUGAUGAGACUGCAGCGCGAGCUUACAAUUUUCCAUUUUGGAGAAUACAAAGUCACAAGGAUUUACAUAUGCUUUACAAAGCUCUCGAUAUGAGUUAUCUAUAACGACAAACAUGAAUAUCCUAAAAUUCAAACAAAAUCUUUCCCAAUUUUAUUAAUAAGAUUCGUGCAAUUGGUUUACGAAGAAAAUCAUUCCUUUUUUUUAUAAUAUUUCACAUACACGCAGUACAUUCCGAAUAAUUAAAGUAGCGAGUAAGAUAAAGUGGAGAUGACGAUUUCCACAAGUGAUAGUAAAAUGAAAGUAUAUGCAAAACGAUUAUCUUUAGAAAGAUUUUCAAAAAAAAAAAAAAAAUGUCAAGUUUUAGCAAAGGGUGUUUUACGUACUUAAAUAAGAGAGUGAAUGUUGCACCUUUUAAGUUUUCUUAUAGUGUGAAUGGCGUGAAACAUUUAUAAAAAGUGUGCAAAUAUUUAGUUAUAAUAUGAAAUUUGCUAAAAUUCUUUUUGUUUUCCACGUACAAAAAAAGAAUGAAACUAAAUUAGUUUAGAAAAUGAGAGAAAAUUAAAGUUUUUGUAAAAUGCACAAAUUUGUCAAUUUUCCAGAUACUAAAAAGUUGUUUCAAUAAAAAUUUGCACACUUAAAAAUUUUGAAAAAAUUAAAAUCAAUAAUGAAGAACUGAAGAUAUAUUCAUAAUAGUGAUGGGAUAUAUAAUUUUUUCGACAAUUGUAAAUAUCUACAUUAUCAAUAAUGUUUCAUUAUUAAAAAUUAAGUUGGUACAUUCUUAUAAAGUUGAAAAAUAAAUCUAUGAUGGAAAUUUUUAAAAAUUUCAGACAGUUAUAGAAUUACUAAAAUGUAACCAAAACCAUACGAAACAGUUUUACUUUUUUUUUAAAACUGAUUUAUUGUCGUUAACUAAUAUCCCAUUACUGCUAAAUUUUAUUAUUUAUCAAUAGUAAAUUAGUUUGCAAUGACAAAAAUUAUUUUUUUAGUCCUAGAAUCAUUUCAAUUGAAUAUAAAUAUUAAAAGAACAUGUUUUUAGAAAUCUGAGAAUCGCACAAAAAUUUUAGAAAACAAUGUGCGAUAAGUAUAAUUUUUUUAAAAAUGCACAAAAUGUGAAAUAAAUUUUCUCAUAUUACAAAAGACUUUUAGAAAAUUUUAUUUAAAAAAAUUUGAUAUAAUCGUUCUAAGUAAAGAAUAAAUCCAGUAUUAUCGAAAGAAAUUUCUUCAUUCCAGUGAAAAAUUUUUGUGGUUAGAAAAUCUUAUUAAUUUAUAUGCGUUGACGUCCACAUAUGAAAAAAAAAACAUAUACGAAAAUUAAUAAUAAAAUCGACAAAGUAGAACUUUUUUAUGUGGACGUCCAUUUAUAUUAUUCAAUUAUUAUUUAUAAUGUUUAUAAUUAGGAGCUAGUCGAAAAUUUAUGUUUCUUAUUGUCAGUGGAAAAAGAAUGUAUUUUUAACAUUCCAAUAACUCUAUAUCAUGUAUACUGGAACUAAAAAGGAGUAAGCUUUGUAUUAAACUGAAAUGUUAAAAAAAAAAACGAAAGAAAAUUUUAACGUGAAAAUCUAUUUGUUGCUAUAGAAAUUUCCAAAUAAAAUUGCAAUUUGCUAAAAUCGUAA